GGAAAUGACAGAUGAAGGGCUGGUUUGUGUAGAAGCAGCGAACCAGAAAUUGAUCUGUAGCCACGCUCAGCCCCCAAACAGGAAAAGAUUGGAUCAGUAAGGAAUUAGGGGGAACCCGUCUGGAUUGCACACUAUAGGAAUUAAAGGUGGGAAGGCCGGUUUAGCAGGAAAGGUGACUCAAAUCACUUUUGAAACUCCUGACGAUUGAAAUUCUCGCACAUUUCGCCAGUUUCAUGUGCUGUUGCACAAAAAAGGAGGACGGCUCUAAAGAAACAAUGCGGGAGGAUUUCCUGUUAUGUGUCCAGUUUUCGUUCCUUCACAUGCCACAGCAGAGCCAGAAGUCUCGGGUGAAAGUAUCGAAAGAAAGCUGAUCGGUCGGGCCGUGCUUCUUAAGUGCCUUCAUAUCCUUCUUAUAAUGGUCAACCUGAAUUACACACAUCGAUCCUAACGUGGCCAGAGCAACAUUUUAUAAAGCUGAAACAAGACUUCCAGACAAUUAUACUCGAUAUCCUGACCAACAAAGGUUCUGAGGACAUUCAGCAAAAUGGUUGAAAUGAUGUGGAACAAAUCUAGCAAUGUGUCCAGCUGCCCAAUGAUUGAUGAUUUUCGAAAUCAAGUCUAUUCUUCAGUAUACUCCAUAAUUUUUGUGGUGGGUUUGUCAGGAAAUGCCUUUGCUGUAUAUGUGCUAGUGAAGACUUUUAAGCAAAGAACAGCUUUCAACAUUUACAUGCUCAACCUGGCGGUGUCAGAUUUGAUGUGUGUAUGCACCUUACCCUUGCGAGUGAUUUAUUACACUUACAAAGGCAAAUGGAUCUUUGGGGACUUCUUGUGCAGAAUCAGUUCUUACGCUCUCUAUGUCAAUCUGUACUGCAGCAUUUACUUCAUGACUGCCAUGAGUUUCACCCGAUUCCUGGCCAUUGUGUUCCCUGUUAAGAAUCUGAAAAUAGUGAAUGUUAAGAAGGCCAAGAUAGUUUGUAUUGUGAUAUGGGUUUUUGUGACAUUGACAAGUGCUCCUUUCCUGUUGUCAGGCUCUUACACUGAUGGAAACAAAACAAAGUGCUUUGAACCUCCAACUACUGACCGAAAAGGGCGCCUAAGUAGCCUUUUGAUAAUGAAUUACAUAUCUCUAGUUUUAGGCUUCAUCCUACCCUUCCUUAUCAUUCUUAUUUGUUACGCAUUUAUCGUAAGGACCUUAAUGAAAAGCACAGCAGCCAUUCAUAAGAAGAAAACAUCACGUCGAAGAGCAGUGCAUUUAAUUAUAAUUGUGCUAGCUGCCUUUCUGAUCAGUUUCAUGCCAUAUCACGUCCAGCGCUCAAUACAUUUGCAUUCCCUGAAUCAGAAAAUGCACAGCUGUGACGACAUUAUUUACAUGCAGAAGUCAGUGGUAGUCACACUUUGUCUGGCUGCUGCAAACACCUGCUUUGAUCCACUCUUGUACUUCUUCUCAGGGGAGAAUUUUAGACGAAGGCUCACAAUUUCUCUCAGUAGAAAAUCAUCUGUGUCAAGCAAUCGUAUGUCAACCAAAAGGAAACGCUCAAUGAUGCAAAUUGAAAAUGACAAAUUUGAUGAAGAUCCUUGCACUGCUACAGGAACAAGUGGAAGCAACAGCAACAAAAACUAAACUUGCAGAGAAGCAUCAGAACAACCUUUCAAAGUGCAAAAUACGUUUUGUUGAAAUCCUGUUUCCAUUACAGAAAACAAAUACAAAUCAAAUGUUGCUGUUAAGUCUUUAAAUUCAAUCAUUGGAACAGUCUAAUGCCUCCUCAUUAGAUGUCAUUGUCAAGAAUUACUGGAUUACUGAGUCUUGAUUUUAUAAAAAAGACACGGUCACCAUGAAAAAAAACUUUGUUUUCAGGCACCGUUGCAGAAUGAACUUUACAUGCAGAAGCAGAAUUUUGUUUUGGACACACACGAGUCUGAAGAAUCCCAUGUGAUACAUUGCCUAUCCAUUUCCCUCCACAGAUGUUGGCUGAGUUAAUCUUGCAGUGUGUAUUUUGCUGAAGUAGAUUUUUCUUGCCAGAUUUCCUAUCAUUCUGAUGUGUCUCUUCAAUCUGAUUGAUAUUGGGGUAAUGAUUGCUUCAAAACCACUGUUGUUGCUGAUUCUGCGACUUGGGGCUUCACAGAAUCCAUAACACCACGGAAUUCAAGCAUUCAUCCAUUGAACAGAAAUUUUAAAAAAAAGAGAUGCAAUCCAAUUAAAGAAGAAAUAUGAAGGGAUAUGAUCUCAUUUAAAACUGUGAGCAAUCCUAAACAUGGACUUUUAACAGAUUGCUUGAACAGCGUGUUGAGCCUGAACUACAGGGCAAUGGUUGAAGAAUAACAAGCAUAAAAAAAUAGAUCUGAGCAGUGUGUGCUGGAAGGGCAUCUGACUCAGUUGUCACUGAUCUUAUGCUGUGAUCUUACACCACAGUUAAAAUGUUUGCUGAUAUCAAUACAGGUAGUUCUGCCAUAACUUUGGUUUCCAUUACGUGAAUUAGGUAUAACACGAUUGAUGAAUUAGGGAACACCAAUUUUAUUACAUGUGCUAAUUAGUUAUAAUGCAAUUUUAAUUGGUGACUAACCAAUAGUAAUGAGAUACCAUCGUUUCAUAAGAGCACAGGCUACCAGUUUCACUGCGAUUUAAAUAUGUUUACAGCCUUUAGUAUUUUUAGCUUGUAGUAAAAAAUAAAAAAAUAGAAGCACUUUUUGGAAAUUCUCUAGAAAAAUAAGUUUGUUAUUGUGAAUCUGAAACUCUCUAGCCCCUAACCUCCUUUCUCUCGCUGUUGUUUUUAAUAGUUUAAUGCUCUACAAAACAAAGUUUGUUGGGAACACAAACCACAUUAUUGAUUUAUGUUCUUCUAAAUGAGAGUGGGUGAACAUGUGAUCUGUGGGAAGUGAUAGGGCAAAGGUGAAGAAUAAGAGAAAACUCAAUCACAUUAACCUUGAUAGAAACUGACUCGUUCCUUCAAUGUUUUCACUGCAUUUAAAAAAAUGCCUAGAUUUUGUGGUUUAAAUUUAAAUAUGUAUACAAAUUUGUCACUAUUUUCAUAUUGUACUAUUUUCCACAAGCUGAUUUCCUUCUGUUCCUAAACACAAAUAUAAUAGUUUAUCAGCAUGGACUCAUUGCAAAAGUUAAAUGAAAAAAAGGUGUGCUGGGUAAAUUCCAGUGACCUUACUAUGUACAAUAUUUAACCAAGAUUAAAGUUUUUCAGGGCAAUGAAGUAAAAUUGUCCAAAACAAAAACAUGUGAGGGAAGAAGAAUGUGGGUAACCUCACCAAAGCAUACAAAAUGUUAUAAACAAUUUGAAAGGAUAGAUAUGGAGUCAAUGUUACCACUGACAGAGGCAUGAAGAAUGUGGGAUUAGUGUCUCAAAGUAAGACUUUGAUCUGUCAGCAAGAGAUUUUAUUUUUAUUUUUGCCUAGAGAAUCACGAUUUUUACAAACUUAUAUGUAAAGAGGAUUAUGAAGUUUCAGUUAUUGAAUAGAUUCAAGGUGGAGAAUUUUGAACAUGGCAUUACUGUGGGAGAGUGUCACUGAAUUAAGACAUUGCCCAUGAUACUGAAUUGCAGAAAACAGAUAAAUGGUCUACUCUCCGUUGCGGCAGAGAGUGUUGAUUGCUGCAUUAAUUUUCUUUCAAUUUAUCAUAGCUUAUUGCUACGAUAUCCAAACUAUGACUCAUAAACAUGUGCAGUCUAGCCUAUCCAGCCAGGCAAUUUAGUCUAUUUUGAUUUGCAAACCAAAGGGAACUUCAUCAAUUUGAUAAAGUAAAUCGGGAUAUUUUAACAUAAUUAUUCCCAUUGAUGUAACAUCACUGGCGAAUAACUGCUAAAUAAAACAUCAGCCUCAAGCUCACCUUGUUAUUUAAGCAAUGUUGAUUCAGACUUUAUAGAUGGCACCUAAAGGUAUGAAAUUCUCUCUCAUAAAGUUUUGGAAGUUUUGCUUCAGUGUAAUGCACUUAGAAAUAAAUAUGUAUAAAAAUGUUAAUAGUAUUCACAAUGAAAAUGCACUGACUUCCAAAACCAAAGCAGUUAGGUUGCGACACUUCGAUAAUGGUGAGGUUAUUAGUGUUUAUAGUUCAAUUUAUCUCUUUGCCCCGAGUAGAUUCAGAGCAUUGGCAGCAUAAAUGAAAUAACUGGAGAACAUCAAGAUUUAUACUCCACCCAAUAACAUUCCCUCUGCAACAUUUAUGCAACCAUUGCCAAUAAACUGCAACCAUUGCCAAUAAACUGCAACCAUUGCCAAUAAAGUUAAAAUUAAGCUGAAUAUUUCUGGGAAAUGAUUGCAGACCAGAACUAUGUUGGGCAAGUCCAGAACCAGGGGUCUUAGAAUAAAGGGGAGGCCAUUUAAGGUGAGAACAAACUUUUUCACCCAGAGAGGUGUGAAUUUGUGGAAUUCCCUGCCACAGAGAGCAAUGGAGGCCAAAUCACUGGAUGGAUUUAAGAGAGACUUAGAUAGAGCUGUAGGGGCUAGUGGAAUCAAGGAAUAUGGGGAGAAGGCAGGCACAGGUUAUUGAUUGGGGACGAUCAGCCAUGAUCACAAUGAAUGACAGUGCUGGCUCGAAGGGCCGAAUCGCCUCAUCCUGCACCCAUUUUCUAUGUUUCUAACUAGAAUUCUCAAUGGGUAAAACUUCACACCUAAUGACCCACUGCCAUUCAACGUUUUAUUUCCAUUUUUUUGCAUGGUAUUGUGAUUCAUUUAAAAUGAGGCAGUUAAUUAAAACAAGGGUAAUUUAGUUAAGGAGAAAAAAGAUAGUAACCUUUCCUUAAUUUCACAUGUGAUAUUGUAUACUUUAAUAGUAAAUUCAGCACAUUUAUGUUAGAAAAUUUGCCAUCAAAUGUAUUUUGAAAUAUUAACAUUGAAGGAAUAGAUGCUGUAAUGUUGUUAUACUGUAGUUUAAAAUAUCUUGAAUGUUAUUACAAGUGCACAAUUUUAAUAUCAUGUAACAGAAAGCAAUGUUUGGUCAGUAAUCUAUUUUUAUAUUGUUUUUCAGCAAGGAAAAUAAUACAUUUAUUUUAAUUUCCA